UUUGUUCCAAAGAGACCGUGAAAGAGGGUUCAGCAUCUGCAAAGGGUUAAAAAAAAAGUGUGCUUAAAAAGGAAAGAAGAGGAGCAUGGAUCCUCUGUCAUCCUGUCCGGAGAACCAUGAUGGAAUCCAUGUCCCAGCAGUGAGAGAUGGAAGAGAUGACGCUCGCCGAUUAUGGCUGUUGUGGCGAGUGGCCAUUUUGUUGUUAAGUUUGGUUCUGGCAGAAGGCCUACUGCUGGCCUUGGUUUUCUCAUCGGUGCUUCCUCUGGCUGCCCCGGGGCUGGAGCAGACUGCGGGGGAAGCUGAGGAGGCAACGGGGCCGAUGUCACAGUGCCAAGCAGACCUACACUCCAUGUCUCUCCUGCUCCUCACGAUCAGCCGAGACCACAGAUGUCAUCUGUGCCCAGAGGGGUGGCGGUGGUCCUGGGGCAGCUGUUACUUUUUCUCUGUGGGACUGGAGGAUGACCGCAACUGGAAUGAGAGCAUGGAGUUCUGUGAGAAGCACAAUGCCAGCCUAGCUGCCAUCGAGGACCACAGAGAAAUGAAAUUCAUCCAGGUAGAAAUGAGGACAGACCAACAGAUGGAGUUCCUUUGGGUGGGGUUGACAGACCACGAGGUGGAAGGACAUUGGGUGUGGCAAAAUGGAAAACCCCAUCAGGACAAAUCCUUAUCGGAGGUGCAGUGGAACUCUGAACAUAGAGACUGUGCAGAUGUCAGGGGAGAUGGGAGUCUGUUUGCAGCCGGCUGUGAUGCAUAUGGAGCCUGGGUGUGUGAGAAGCCUGCAGAAUGGGGCCCCUCAGGGCCUCUCUUUUCCUCUUCUGGGUCCUGUGUUGCCUGAGGAGGCUCAGGAUGGCUCUAAGGCUCUUUUAGGCUGAUGGUUCUGUUUGCCCUGUACUGAAAAGUGAAGACCAUUAUGAAGCUGAAUUGAAUUAGCACUUCAAAACAAAUUAAUUUACAUUGGACUUAUUGAACUGAGGCCAGAAGAGAGCAUUGUCAAAUUGAUGCAGUGAUGCACGUUUCCAUUAGGAAAGUCACACGUACUUGGGAAUGGACGUUCCUUUAAAUUUAUGACAAGUUUAACUGUUGCAGCCCUAUAGAGGAUAGAGGCCCUAUAUGGAACUAGGCUAGUGGUGAUUAGCAGCAAGGCUUUCAUGCUGAAUAGUUUUGAGCUAUGGAAUGCAACUACAGGCUGCAAUAAAAUAAUAUGUGAAUACUGAUAAAGCUAAAAUGGGGCAACUGAAGCUGAAAUCAGUUACAAGAAGAGAUGGUGGAGGAAAGUCCCCAGAAGCCUCAAGGUGUGACUUGAGUUUCUACAGUUCAUUCCAUACAGGACACGCCUCAUUUCAGAUCACACAUUUUGUGCACAACAUUAGAUUGUGAAGAGUAAGUGUUCUAAAUUUGUCGAAUGCGCUGCAAAGUGUGAAUGUGUAGAAUAAUAAUGGGGGAAAUGAAGUAGCAGAACUGAAAAAUAUUUUAAGUAUUUCAAGCUUUCAAAUAGUCUCUGCCCUCAGUGUAUGCAAUAAAAGUGGUAUUAAAAUCCAAA